CCGGUCUGAAUCAGGAAGUGGUGGAAAAUGCAUGGACGACUGAAGGUGAAAACCACUGCAGAGCAGCAGGAGGCCAAGAGGAAAGAACGGGAGGAGAAACUCAAGAAGUACCAGGCUGCCACGGGAAGGCUCUUUGAAAAGAGAAAGAAUGCAGAGCAUGAUGGAGAGGCCCUGGACCUCACCGGCCGUAUCCUGGCUCACAACUCAGACUUCCUCUCCAUGUGGAACUACAGGAAGGAAAUCUUCCAGGCCUUCCACAAGGACAAGUCAGCAGAUGAGAUGCAGCAGCUGUACCAAGAUGAGCUGUCCUUCCUGGAGACAUGUCUGAAGUCCAACCCCAAGUCUUACAGUGUGUGGGAGCACAGGUGCUGGGUCAUGGACUGCAUGCCCCAGCCAAACUGGCAGAGGGAGCUGCUGCUAUGUAACAAGUUUCUGGAGUAUGAUGAAAGGAACUUCCACUGCUGGGACUACAGAAGGUUUGUAGUUCGUCGAGCCAACAUCCCCCCUCAGGAGGAGCUGAAGUUCAGUACAGACAAGAUCAGCUCCAACUUCUCCAACUACUCCUCCUGGCACUACCGCAGCAAACUGCUGCCUCUGGUCCACCCUGACACAGAACAGCCGCAGGGCGUGGAGGAGACUGCACUGUUACAGGAACAUGAGCUGGCCCAGAAUGCGUUCUUCACAGAUCCCAACGACCAAAGUGCCUGGUUCUACCAUAGGUGGCUUCUGGGAAGGGCUGAGAGAGACCAGUCUAUUAGGUGUCUGCAUGUUUGUCGGCCAUUGAAUCGGCUGACUGCAACCUUCUCAAAGCAUAUAAAGGCAACUACUGCAACCCUGAAUGUAGUAAAAGAUGGUCAGGUCAUCACAGGAAGAUGGCACACCCCACGUGGCACUGAUACAUAUGAACAGGUGUUGAUAUUUGACUUUCCAGAACACAGUUUACAGUCUGACAGUGAUCAGCACAUACAUGUUACAUUAGACACUGAUAGUGGGCUGGUAGGGAGGGAGUGUGUUCUUGGAGCAGGACAUUCUGAAGUAUUUAGUAGAGACACCACGGAAAGUAAAGAAUUGUUCAGGUCAGAAUUGAGUGUAGCCAAGUCUUCUGUCCUCCAACAGGAACUGGAGUCAUGCCAGCAGCUACAUGAACUUGAACCUGACAACAAAUGGGCCAUCUUAUCCAUAGUACUGCUGAUGAGAGCCAUCGACCCCGUCACCUACCAGGAGCAGACCCUACAGUACGUGGACAAGCUGACGUCCCUGGAUAGUUACAGGAGAAACUACUACACAGACCUCAGUAGCAGAUUCCUGAUAGAGAACACUGUCAUGCAGUCAGAGGAGGGCACCAACAAACUGGACCUGUCUGGAAAGGGCCUGACCUGCGUCCGUCACUUGGGUCACAUGACCCUGGUGGUCCAGCUGGACCUGUCCAACAACAGGCUGACCUCUCUGGACGUCCCUGUCUACAUGCUACAGUGUCUGAAACUCCUGCUGGCCGACAACAACAGCAUAGAGAGCAUAGCAGGACUCACCAACAUGCCUCUACUGGGGAGGGUUUCCCUUAGAAACAACCGUAUAUCUAAGGCACAAGUCCUGGCACCUCUGUCCAGCUGCACCAAUGUGUCUGUGCUGGACCUGGAGGGUAACCCUGUGUGCAGUAUGGAGGGAUUCAACUCUGACAUCCGCUCUGGUCUACCACAGAUUAAGGUUCUGGAUGGGAGCAAAAUUUAACCUGAAUGAGUUGAUAUCAUAUUUGGCCAGCAAAAAGAUGGACAAAAGAAGAACUAUGAUCUGUUUCAUGUGAACUGUUUGUUGCCGCAUAUCUAGAGAGAAGAAAAAUCAUGAAAAAGGCAUCUUGAAAAUAUCUGUUCUGAAAUUAUGUCAACUAUAUUAAGACUUGAUUCAAUGUUUAAAAAUCAACUUUGAAGUUGCCUCACUGCUGCAUUUUGUAUGAUGUACACCUUGCAAAAAAGUCUGUUUACAAAUGUUGGAUGUCACUCUUUUAUGCAAUCAAUGUUUCAACUGCAGAAAUUGUUUAUAUGUAAUUAUGUUUAUACACCAUUAUUGUUUUGCUACAAGAAGAUAUAUCUGGCAAUCAAAGAUGCAACUCAAAAGUGACGAGUAUGAAGCCGAAACCUACAAGGAAUGAUACAAAGCUACAAACAAUCUAGAUUAUAAUAUGAUUGUCUUCAGAAAUUGACACCAAACCUUAGUCUGGAUAUUUAUGUUUGCCUGACACUGUUUUAGGUGACCUGUACUACAGGACAGUUGGAUCUCCACACAGGCACACAUUUGAUUUGCCUAUUUAAAGGUGGCAAACUAAACAACUUGGUUAUUUUCCAAGCAAACAUAGCAAAAUAUACAGUACCUGUAAUGCCCUGUGUGUAGUUAAGGCGUGUCUUCACACCUAAAAUGGCAGGAUGUGUACAAUAUAUUCUCAUCGAGUCAUUGGAACUUAAACAAUGAUUCAUGAAUAUUUCUAUGUCGCAUUUCAGUGGUAUAUAUUGUUCUGCUAUGCAUCGGAUAUGUUGA